GAUAGAGGAGAGGAUAUAUGGAAGGCGAAAGAAUGCAGGAGAGAACGUACAACGACCCCGCGAGAGCUUUAGUAAUCUGUACAUAGCCUGAUCAUACUGCCAUAGAAAUGAGGCUCCUCUCCUCUCCUUGCUGUUCUCAAUCUCCUCUUUUCCUCUCCUUCAACUCUCCGUCUUACCCACCAAACUGCAGGCUCUCAUCAGCUUUCCACAGGAUCCAAUUCUCUGGGCCCACCUUCUCUCGCCGCCAACGCCCGAUCGCCGCCUCUGACCUCUGCUCCACCCUCGACACAAGUCCAAUCGACAGGUCCUCCUUGAACGUCUCCGAGGCCUUCUCCGAAGACGAGCUCUGGGCCGCUGCGUGUCUGCGCGUCCGCUCCUUCUACGAGUUCCGCCUCAAUGCCUACAGCGUCAAUGAUCAUAGAAGGUACUUGACCGAGCGUGAGUUUGAAGCACUAAAAGAACGUGUAGCUGGGAAGAGAGAGGGUUUCAGAAGAGUUUCUUGCAUAAAUGCUACUCUUCCAGUAUCACAAAUAUCAAGCUUUUCAGAUGAUCUAUGUGCUGCAUGUAAGUAUUCUGACAAUGGAGAAGAUCGAGUAGUUGUAGGGAGCCUUGAUCUUAACCAGUGCCUCAGGCUUCCGGAUGAGAUAACAGGACAGAAACCAGAGGGGAUUGGAGCUGAUUUUGCAAGGGCAUAUCUUAGCAAUGUAUGUGUUGCCAAAGAAUUGCACAGAAAUGGUUUAGGUUAUUUGCUUGUGGAAAAGUCAAAGAUAGUUGCUCAAGAUUGGGUGCUGAGAAGGAUCAAUCUAAUGAGCCAUUUCAACUGGGUCUGGGGAAUUUGUUCAGGCAUAACUGAUCUGUAUGUCCAUGUGGCUGUUGACAAUGAACCAGCAAAGAAGUUAUAUAUGAAGAGUGGUUUUGCAUAUGAAAACGAUGAGCCUAUCUGGCAAGCCAGGUUUCUAGAUCGACCUCGAAGGCUUCUUCUAUGGACUGGUCUUCCUGGCAUGCAUCUCUGAAUUAUAACGAUUGUACAUCAUUUAUCUUGUGACAUAUUUGUUGUUUUUCAUUCCUCAAAAUGCUUUUCUGUGAUAUUGAAAGUAUAGGCAUCUCAGUGUUUUUUUUACUUUUGCUUUGAUAUUUUGGUAAUGUAAAUUCUAGUGGCAUAUUUGCUUCUUAAUUGUUAUAAGAUGUAGAUCUUGUAAUCUCAAUGCAAGUAGUAGAUGAAAGGCAAUGCCCAUUUUCUCCU